AUGUCACCCAAUCCUAUCCAAAAACAAACAACUAAGAAGUCUGAAGGCGAGUCUACCACCAGAGGUAGCAAAGCCAAUGACGCUCCUAAGCGCGGUGAAGAAGUCAUUAAGGGUCUUGAUGAUGGAAACGCUGACGCCAUGGAAAACGACUCUGAUCCUAAAGAGAAGGAGAAGAGCAAGGACGAUGAUGAGGAUAGCUUACAACAGUAUGCUGAAUCAGAGUCGGACGAAGACAUGGUCAUUGAAGAAGAUCGUGCAAAAGAGUAUGAGCCUCUUGGUUCAGAAAUUUCUUCGGGCAAGAUUGGCCCAAACACGCCUAACUAUGUUAUGCGUUCUUAUUGUCAGCAAGAAGCUGAUAAGUGCGACCGACAGAUGAAGGCCGCUAUUGCUGCUGGUGAUGAUAAGUCUUUCGACGAGUCGUCUAAGCAGAAAGAAAGAUGGUUGCUGAAGAAGCAGCAUUUUCUUGAAGAUGAUGGAGUUCGUCCUUCGUCAUCCAAGGGCAAGUCUCAAGGCAAGAAGGCUUUGAAAGAUAUCGUUCACUUGCCUACGUUCAAGAAGGAUGUGCCACCCUUGCAGAUUCAAGGUGAAACCAAAAAGAGAGACCGCCAUGACAAGCGUCAUCCAUUGUACGCCUCUGUCGAUGACUUUUUCGAGGACUUCGAGACGUACUGUGAUGUUUGCAAUAAAAAGAUCAAGAAUAGAGAGUUCAGAAAAUACUGUGAGAAUCUGAUGUCGGUUCUUUAUU